CUCACUCUAUAUCAACAAAACUUCAUUUCCUUUGAUUUCCUCUCCAAUUUCAUCUAAAAACUCUCAUAAAUUUUAUUUUCAAAAAUACAUUUUUAUUUUGCUGAUAUUCAAAGUUUAGGCAAUGAAAAAUAUGGAGACUGAUAGUUAGACAUUGGGGUGUAGCCUUGUCUCGAUUGACGAAGAGAGAGCUGGUGUCGGUGGAUCCACUAUUUGCGAUGGCGGUUCACAGUGGUGUGUUUCUUGCCGGUCCGACAACAAUAAGGUUGCUUACAAAAGGACUUCCAUAUCAGUUAGUGGGCUGCUUAUUUGAAGUUUGGGCCUCUUCCAUAAAUCUCGGUGUUCUCUCUCUCUCUCUCCACGCCGUUAUUCUCAUCUCCUCUCCUUCCACAUCGUUUGCUCAACAUUGAUAUCUGGAUUCGAAUUUUUCGAGUGGGAUGACGCUAGGGUUGUUAUCAGCGAUUGGAAGAUCAUUCCGGAGAAAGCGAGCGUCUUCUCUUGAUAUUCUCUCUCCCAAACGAGCUCCAAGAGACUUCUACAAGGGCAAAAACUGCAAACCUACUGGUUUCCACACCAAAAAAGGAGGAUAUGUCGUGCAGUCAGAUAAAUUGCCAAACUACGUAAUCCCUGAUCUCACCGGCUUUAAGCUGAAACCGUACGUGUCUCAGUGCCCUAUAGAGGUCAACAAAACAACUGAAGCUUCCCAGUGAAACAUUUUCAGAAGAAAUAUGUAUUUGAGUCUUCAUAAGCUUGUGCGUUUGUUGCUAUUCUUAUGAUCCUUUAUUUUCUUCAAGGAACUUAUGACAACUUUUGGGUUAAUGUUUGUUUACUCUCUCUACCAUUUCAGAAUCAGAAAAUUAUGAUAUAAACAUAGAGAGAUAACUCGA